AUGUCUUCAUUCGCCUCUAUCGCAGAUCAGCUCAAGUUCGACGUCGUCUCCAAGACUCAUGCUCUGGACAAUGCUAAUAAGCGCAAGGACAUAGCGCGUACUUUCAUUUUGCCAACUGAGGAGAUGUAUUCUUACGCUACGCUCGCAACCUUGGGAGAUGAUGUCUACUUCGAGCCAUCUACUGCUGCCCUGGAAGCCCAUGUCGCAAAGAUUACAGGCAAAGAAGCCGGUUUGUUCGUACCGUCUGGUACUGCAUCAAACCAAAUUGCACUGAGGACUCAUCUUAAACAACCUCCAUACUCUGUUUUGUGCGACCAUCGUGCACAUAUUCACAAGUACGAAGCAGGAGGUGCUGCCUUUCAUUCCGGUGCUGCGGUAAUUGCAGUUGUUCCGACUAACAAGCAUCAUCUAACCCUCCAGGAUGUCAAAGAUAACAUCAUCAUAAGCAAUGAUACUCAUUUUGCCCCAACAGAGGUUGUUGCUCUGGAAAAUACUCUCAAUGGGACCAUCAUCCCUCAGGAAGAGGUCAUUGCUAUCUCAGAUUAUGUCCAUUCCUUAGGUUUGAAGUUACACCUUGAUGGUGCCCGAAUUUGGCACGUCGCUGCAGAAACAUCGACCCCUCUAAAGGAAUUGUGCGACCCAUUCGACUCCGUGAGUCUGUGCUUCAGCAAAGGCCUUGGCGCACCUGUUGGAUCGUGUCUAGUAGGCACUAAAGAGUUUAUUACAAAAGCUCGAUGGUUUCGCAAGCUCUUCGGAGGAGGCAUGCGUCAGACAGGCAUCCUUGCUGGCGCUGCCGCAUAUGCUUUGACACACAACUUUCCUCAACUUCCACGGGUCCAUGCUUUAGCCAAGCGGCUAGAAAGCGGUCUUGAAGAGAUCGGGGCAAACAUUUUAAGUAGGGCGGAAACUUGCAUGAUCUUCUAUGAUCCGUCUCCUCUUGGUGUUACUUAUGACGAGAUCGGUGACAGAGGAUCGGCACUUCCUGAGCCCCUUUUCCUUGGUGGAUCCCGCCUUGUAGUUCACAUUCAAACAUCGGACGCAGCCGUCGACGACUUUUUGAACAUUGUUCGUCAACUUGCAGAAGAGAAGAAGGCCGCUGGUUUUGUCAGGCCUGAAGCUCAGGCCAACGGUGAGAUCAAGGACGUCUAUGUUAGACGUGUGCCAAAGGCGACAAAGUAG